UGUAAGCCUAUUGCACAGACGAACACAUCAGGCAGAGAUUGCAGACUGGUCAGUUUUUUGAAGAGCCAAGACUAUCUAUCAUGUGCUGUCACUCCAAGGCAGACAAUCAAGGCUGUGGGCUGGCCAGAGGGCUGGUCACAAUUUCUUCUGCCCCUGCACCUGCUGAUGGGAUUUAGGGAAGAUAAAAGUGGGACUUCCCAGUGCUCACUGGACACUGCAGACACAGCUACCAACUGGUACCCACAGUGUGGAUGUCACCCCAGCCUGUGGCAGGAGCUGGCUGGCCAGAACAUGAGUUGGAUUCUAUACCUGAGCCUCACCCUUUGCCUGAUGGUGCAGACAGCCCUGGGUGCUCAGCACACCAAGGAACCUCUAGUGAUUACCAAAUAUGGGACCCUCCAAGGAAAACAGAUGCACGUCGGGAAGACACCCAUCAAUGUCUUCCUAGGAGUGCCCUUCUCCAGACCGCCUGUGGGUGUCCGCAGGUUUGCUGCCCCAGAGCCUCCAGAGCCCUGGGAAGGAAUCAAAAACGCCACCACCUAUGCCCCUGCGUGCCUUCAGGAGUCCUGGGGACAGAUCACCUCCAUGUACUUCAACACGCGGAAACAGUACAAGUGGCUGCGCUUCAGUGAGGACUGUCUGUACCUGAACGUGUACGCUCCAGUGCGCGCGCGUGGGGACGCUCCGUUGCCGGUGAUGGUCUGGUUCCCAGGAGGUGCCUUCCUCGUGGGCUCCGCUUCCACGUACGAUGGCACGCAGCUGGCCUCUCGCGAGAAAGUGGUGCUCGUGCUUCUGCAGCACAGGCUCGGCAUCCUGGGUUUCCUGAGCACGGGCGACAGCCAGGCCCGCGGGAACUGGGCGCUGCUGGACCAGGUGGCUGCUUUGCGCUGGGUACAAGAGAACAUCGCAGCCUUCGGCGGAGACCCACGCUGCGUGACCCUGUUUGGCCAGUCUUCGGGGGCCAUGUGUAUUUCGGGACUGAUGAUGUCACCCCUAGCCCGUGGUCUCUUUCAUCGGGCCAUUUCCCAGAGCGGCACCGCAGCCCUCAGAGCCUUCAUCACUCCUGACCCGCUGAAGGUGGCCAAGACAGUUGCCCGCCUGGCAGGCUGUACCUACAACAGCACACGGAUUCUGGUAGACUGCCUGAGGGCACGAUCAGGGGCUGAAGUGAUGCAUGUAUCUAAGAAGAUGGGAUUCUUCCACCUGAACUCCCAGAAAGACCCUCAGGAGGUUGUGUGGUUCAUGAGUCCGGUGGUGGAUGGUGUGGUGUUCCCAGAUGACCCAGCGGUGCUCCUGAGCCAGGGGCAAGUUGCACCUGUGCCCUAUCUUCUGGGUGUCAACAACCUGGAAUUCAGUUGGCUCUUACCUUUUAUCAUGAAGAUCUCACUAAACCAGUUCAUAAUGAGAAAAGGAAUCAUCACCAAGCUGCUCUGGAGAACCAGUACCCUGUUGAAUAUCACCAAAGAGCAGUUACCACUGGUGAUGGAGGAGUACCUGGGUGACAUUGAUGACCGUGACUGGAAAAUGUUAAGAAACCGUUUAAUGGACCUAGCUGGGGAUGCGAUCUUUGUGUACUCCACACUACAGGCUGCCCACCACCACAGAGUUUCCCUAUUCCUAGAUGCUGGCUUCCCUGUCUACCUGUAUGAGUUUGAGCACCACACUCCCACCGGCGUCAUCAUCAAGCCCUGCACUGAUGGGGCAGACCACGGGGAUGAGAUCCACUUCAUCUUUGGGAAUCCCUUCUCCAAAGGCCAUUCCACGGUUGAGGAGAAAGCACUGAGCCUCCAGAUGAUGAAAUACUGGGCCAACUUUGCCCGUACAGGAAACCCCAAUGCUGGGAAGCUGCCUUACUGGCCACGCUAUAACAAGGAGGAGAAGUACCUGCAGUUGGAUUUCAUCACGAGGGUGGGUGUGAAGCUCAAGGAGGAGAAGAUGGCCUUUUGGAUGAGACUAUACCAGCAUUAA